GGCGUGCGCGGCUGCUUUAAAUAUUAAGUAAUUUAAGCGUAAAUAUAAUGGUAGGUGGAAUUGUUUUCGCCCUGGCUGUGUUUGAGAGAGAUGCUGCGUGGUGUAAAUUUAAUCCUGAAUCUUCAGUCAUCAUGGCUGAGGCUUUGCGGGAGGACGAGCUGCGGCCGGUGCCCAGAGAGAGAGCCGUGCUGGAGAGCUUCUUCACGCAGCUCGGCAUGUUCUGGUUCGAUCGAGCUAAAGACUACGUGGAGAAGGAGAAGGAGCAGAGCAGCAGGAGCGCCGCGGCCAUCUGGAGCUCUCUGCACGCUGCUCUGGCGCACCUGGCGGCCGCGGAGAAAGCCUAUCACAACAUGACCUUCCUCGGGCAAAAACUAGGUGGUCAGUCAUUCUUCAGCAGGAAGGAUUCCAUCAGGACCAUUUACACGUCCCUGCAGAACGAGCUGAAGAAGGUGGUCUCCAUGGGCCGUCCUGCUCAGAGCGGCUCCACGCCCUACCUGGAGGAGCUGCUGUCGCAUUUAUCCGAGCAGCUGUGCCACUUCACUCAGGCUCGGAUGGAGCUCGCGGACCUCUACGAGAAGAUGCACUGCCUCGGGAGCCAGAAAACGGUCAACUCUGAGGAGCUGGUGAGCACGCUGGAGAGCAUCCUGCACAAAUACAGCUCCAGAUUCCAUCAUCCCAUCCUCAGUCGUCUGGAGAGCGGCUUCCAGGUGGAGGUGGACGUUCUGGCGCAGCUUCUGCGCUGCCAGGCUCAGAUCUCAGAGUGGCACUUCUUGCCCUCGCUGCUCAACCUGCAUGGCGCUCACGCUAAACUGCAGGCGUGGGCUCACGUGUUCGAGCGCCAGCGUGAGACCCGCAAGCACCUGUUCGGAGGUCAAUCCCAGAAGGCAGUGCAGCCUCCGCACUUGUAUUCCUGGUUGCAGAGGCUGCAAGCGGCGCUUUUGGCCAAGUUCAGCUUUUAUUUCCACGAGGCGCUGAGUCGGCAAGCCCCGCCCUCGGAGAUGAAGGCGCUGACGGCUCGCACUUCGUUCGAUUACUUCGGAAAGAUCUCAGCCUUCGUGCGCAAACAUGACGCCACCAACGUUUCAUUAGUGUUCGACAACCGAGGCAUGGAGAGCUUCCAAGGUCACGGCUACCACCACCCACACUCGUACCGAGAGGCUCCCAAAGGCGUGGACCAGUUCCCUGCUGUGGUGUCCGUACCGGGGGGCGAGCGGCCGUUAAACCACUGGCCCAACGUCAUCAUGAUCAUGAGCGACCGCGCCAACGAGCUCAACACUCUCGACAAGGUUACAUACUUUUACGACGACAAGGUCCAGAGCACGUACUUCAUGACCAGACCCGAGCCUCACUUCACGCUCGUGGUGAUUUUCGACGGCAAGAAGGCGGAGAAGGACUCGCACAUCGUGGGCUUUCUGCAGGAGAUUUCUAGCUCUCUGAGGAACUCCAAACCCUUCAGCACACUCAAACCAGGCUCCAAAGGCUAAACAUAAUCACAUAAUCAUGUUCCUGAUAUAAACCUUGGCUUUAAGUUCAUUUAGAAGAACAUCUGAUUAUCCAGUUUCUGUUCGAGUCGUCAUGCUGCUGAAACUUUUAAUAUAAAACCUUUUAUCUUAAUCUGGAAGAAACACCAGAGGUCCAGUAACCAGCUGUUUUCUUUGAUUGAUUUGUUUUUGUGAACUAUUGUGGACCAAUAAGACCAGGAAUAUUAUUUUUUAAGCAUCUCUUUUAAUAAUUUUCACUCUGCUGCUAUGAAACCAGUUACAAUUCUUCUUUUAAUAUUAAACGCAUAACCUUUUAACAGCUGAUCAUUUGAUUUUAUAAUUCCCUUUUUUUUGUACUGUAAUUAUUUACCAAAAUAAAGUUUAGAUCAUUUAAAGAGUUUCCAACAUGGAGGUAAUGAACAGAGUUAUUGUGGGAGAUAAACUGGAAACAAAUAAAUAUGUAAUAGCUUUAAAGGUGUUAGUGAUGUUUAAGUCCAAAUGCUUUGGUGAUCUUCUCUUCACAUUCCUGCUGUUGCACAAUAAAAGAUUUGUUCAGAAGAGAAACCCCAGUCUCUGGACGAUCAGGGGGCGGGGCUAUAACGUUUUUGACCAACAUUUAACCAAUCAGCACAAAGAAGUGUUAUUUCAGAUCAGAAAGUUGUCCAAAAGACACAAAAACAACGUUAUUGCUUUAAAGUUUGAGCUUCAAGGCAUCCAGCUCAUUUCUACCAAAUUGCUGACUGCACCUUAAUGUGAAUUAUUCAGUCUUAUGAAUAAUCAUCCAUUUAUGUUUGCAUUGUUUUCUGCAUUUGUUAUUCUGGAUUUUUGGCUUUAAAUGAAAUGAAGUGAAUUAACGUGAAGAACAUGUUACAUUCUUUUACCUCUCAUCUGUAUGCAUCAUCACUUAAUCUGUGAAUAAACUGGAAUAUUAAACAUC